AUGAAUACCGGGGAUUCACCGCCGCUAGUCCAUGUUCACGUCCCGGAGACCACACCUGUACAUGUUCAUAUGAGAAGUUCCAGCAGAACCCCCCAGGUAAAACAUACUACCUUAUUAUGAGUGGGAGUGCUGUGUCUGUUAAUAUUUCUAUUCCCUCAAAAAUAAUUUAUUGUCAAGUAGAGGUAAACUUUUACAUGCUGGUGAUUUUCAGGUGAAGUUUCUGAGUUUAAAGUUUUGUUUUUUUUAAUCCCUUUGCAGAACAGAAACAAAGGUGCACAUGUGAAGGGAGGUGAAGGGAAACCAAGGGUCAAGACACCUUGGAUUCCUCCUGGAACAUCAUCCUGCAGAAGAGAUGUGGGCAUGAAUGAGCUUAAAGUGUCUCUCACUGCAGUAUCUGCUAUCAAAUGAUUUCAGCAUUAAGAAAAAAACAUGAGAAUCUGGCAACCCUGUAGACAGUUUGCAGUAAUAAACAAACAUUCAAACAAAACCAUGGUCCAAUAAUCAGAUUUGAAGGCUUCCAUUAGCUGUCAUGACACUCUCAGAUUGGAUGAACAGAGCAGAUGUCGUCUGAUAUGCAGUGAACUAUUGAUACAGGGAGUUAGAAAACUUAAAACACUUGAAAUAAUUAUGAGUUUAAAUGUAGAAUUCACUUCAAACAUGUAUUAUUUUUUUUCCGGUCUAAUUUCUUUAACCAAGUUCUUUCUGUAUCUUAUCACAGAGAAGCAGGGUGCAGGAUCAGUCAGACUGUGGAGUCAGGCGCCAGCGUGGAGUAGAGGAGGAAGAUGAAGAAGAAGAGUUGGCUGCAGUCUCCAAAAACCUCAGCUCUUUACUCAAAGAGCAGGAAAGCAUUCGUCAUUUGAAAAAGUAAGAGCUGUUUAGUGUUUACAAAUCCACUCUUUCCACCUGAGUUUUUAUUUUAGACAUACACAUUGAAACACAUCUCACAACACACAUGCAAAACCUCUGACAUGAAAAUACACAGUUUUCUUCAUUAGACUUGUUAUGAAGUACUUAAGAUUGCUGAAAUCUGUUUUUUUUUCCCAUAGACCUGUGUGUUUUUUUUCAUGAUGAUUAUAAACAUUAAGCAAUUUUAUAUUUUACUUUAACCAUGUUAUUGUUUCUCCUCUUGCGCACAGCUCAGAUGUCAGGGGUCGGUACAGAGAGUCGGCUGUGCUCCUCAGGGCACUUGUAGAAGCGGAAAUCGAUGGCGUUGCAGUUGCCAAUCAGCUGACAGCCUUGAAGGAAACUAUAGAUGGCCUCACCAAAGUACCAGAUGAUAAUUAUGAUCAUGUAUAGGUGCAGGAUGGCUGAAAAAUGUAGUCAGGCUAAUUUAGAUUAUCUUCAUUUUCAGGACAAGCGUUUAUCAAAAUGUCACACAGCUCCACUGAGACGUCAGCAGCAGCUGCUGUUUGAGAAAAUCGCCAUGUUUGACAGCACCAAUCACAGUCUGCGGGAGCUCCUCAGAGAGUGGACAGAAUAUGAGGUAAAAAGAAGGAAAGGUUGACAUGAAUGAUCCCCAGAGUAUUUCUUGCUUAUUCUGUUGUGUCCACAGAGAGAAUCGCUGAUCUGGUUGGAACAGAAAGAUGCCAUCAAGUCGAGGCUGGCCAACAGUGAAGCAGAGAACAUUGUGAGUCAUUAUCACCUGGUCAUAUGCAGCGUUUAGUUAUUUACUGUUGACAUCAGACAUCUUAGGAGAUUCUUCUCCUUCUCCUUUAGAGACUUCUAACUAAACUCACCAACAAAGAGAAAGAGGCCUCUACGCUCGCUGAGCAUCUGGACUUUGAAAAGGUUUGAAACUCUGAAUUAUUAAAGUUUAUACAACUCUUAUUCUGUCAUAGCUUCAUAGAGAAAGGUUCAUAUGUCUCACAACUUAAAGGCUCAGCAGUUUCCAAGGCUCUCCUCUCUAUCAUGACAGGACAAAGUGGAGACGAUGGAGGAGCUUUCAAGAGUCCUGCAGUCAACUCGGGACCGUCUGCAGUCUGAGCUGAACAGAGCUGAAGCUGAAAAGCCACACAUGACAGCUCAGAUUCAGGUCUGACGAUGCAGCAAUAAAUAAUUAUUAUGAGCUGAAAUGCAACUAACAAAGUGGGAAAAAAAACCUGAGAGUCUGCAGCUGCAGCUUAAAGGAAAUUGCCAUAAAAACUUAAAUGAGGUACUGAAGUGCAAAAAAUCCACUGAGAAACACAAACAGAACCAUAUCGCAAACACAAGCUGGAUGUUCUCUCUGUAUCACUGUUACAACCAUUAAAUUUUGGAUGUGUGAAGAUUUUUGUCCAUUUCCUGGAGCAGAGGCUGCAGCAGAGCCAUGAGGAGCAACAGGACAAGCUUUGUGCUGUGCAGGAGGAGCUGGAGACUUUGAGGCAAAAGAGAGAGGAGGAGCAGAAGAAGCAGGGACAGAGAGACCAGGAGGCGCUGAAUCUGAUCACUGAGCACGCCGACCACGCUGAGGAAGCAGCCAGAGAGCUUAGGGCGAAGCUGCAGGAGAAGGUCUGUACACAGAAUCAGCACACACCAACCACAGAACAUUCACCUCAAUGAUUGGUCACGUGAUUUUGUGGUCCUCAAAAAAUGUUUUUUUUCCAUCAACAGGUCAGUUUUGGAAUAAGUGGCAGAAACUGCUUGAAUACAGAUAUCCUCUUGGCUUAGUUCUAUUCCAGUCAACUCACAGAUAUAGAUGUGUCUGUUCUGUAUCUGAAAGCACACAACAGCUUAGUUUGCACAGCACAAACAACAGUAUAAAUGUUGUUGUGUUUCUUGAGUGUGUUUGACUUGCCUGGCUGCCUUAGCCUCCUUUUGGAAGCAAACUGUCUCAAAAUAUAAAAAUGUUUCAGGCUGAAACAUGAUUUGAAAUGUUCAGACUAUAUGUAUGUGUAUUGUUGUUAAAGGAAUCCCAGUUGGCUCACGCUCUGUCUACGUCCAGUGACUGGUGCCUCCGACACUCAAGAGAGGCUGCUGCUAAAGGACAGCUAGAGGAGGAAGUAUCAGCUCUUAAAUUGUGGGUGAAUGUUUUCUUUUUGUUCAUUUACAUUUAUAUUUAUCUAUAAAAGGCUGUAGGGGGGGAUCACUCACUAAACGUAGAUCCUUACUUAACCAUUCCGUCAGUAGAAAAUACUUCAUUUAGUGAUUAGAAAAUGUGACAGAAAUGUGAAAAAAGUUCUGAGAUUAACCAAAAAUGUUCACUCUCUGAAGGCUGUGAAGGAAGAAAAGAUAAGAUAUUCCUUGAUUUGUCCCAAAGGGAGAAAUUCCAAAUUUACAACAGCAGGACUCCUAGAACUACUAGGAAUACUAAGUCAUAUUUAACAUCGCUGUUUCUGUCUCAGUCAGGUGACCGAGUUGAACUCGAAGAUCCAGUCAAUAGAGGAGAAGGGUCAGACUCAUAGGGAGGAGCACCGGGAUCAGAUCCUACAUCUCAGCACUGAGAACACCUCCACCAAACUGGAAAACCAGAGACUGAAGGUACGUCGGAUUCCUCUGCAGCAGGUUUACAGCUUCAGAUAUGUUUUCAUAGAUCUUUGACUCCUCAAUCUCUAAUUUUCAGAAAGCCAAAUGAAAAUCUGCUCUUUUUCUUUGUUUUCCAUUUUUUACAGGCAAAAUUUGACAAAAGGAAAGUGAUGUAAAAGACAAAGAGAAAAGUAGACAUCCAGACAAUGAACAGAAAUAACUAAAUUAGGGUUACAGACAUGCGUGAUGAAGUGGUCCAUUGUGGUGGCAUUUUACAUAAGUAAACCUCAUUUUUAGGAGCAGUUGAUGUCCUCUGAGGAGACACUCAGAAGUCUACAGUCUGAAGCUCGUGGGCUGAAAUCUUCAAUCAGAAAACAGGAGAACCUGGUGGAGAAAUGCAAGAAGAAGGUACAGCUGGUUUUGGGACCAGGUUUCUCCUAUUACGCUCUUCUCUAAAACUUGAGACACACUUUCUUUUUCAAGCGGGUGUCAAGUUUGUUCAAAAAAAAUCAUGAGACAAACUUUCCAGAAAGUGUUACAGUUAAUUUUGGCUGCUGUGUUAUGCUACUCUUCUUCUGCAUGUAGGUGCAGCAGGCUCGUCUGGAAUCGGAGGACAGCCGUCUGAAACUGGAGGUGACCCAGAAGGAGGCGCAGGAGGUAAAGAUGAGCCUGGAGAAGGAGAAGGAGCAGCUGAGAAGGGAGCUGCUGACCCAACUCAGAGAGCUGGAGAUGCUCCCCGACAGACUGAGGAGGACCGAGCAGCAGCUGAGAGAUGCCCAGCAGGAGGCUGACGCCCAUGAGAGGAGGAACAUGGUGCACAACUCGGCCCUGUCUGAAGUCAGGCACAAGGUACACACACAGACACGCGCAGUCACACAUAGAGACACGCAUAGUCACACACAGAGACAUACAGUCUGGAGAGUGAAGUGAAGCUCUGAUGGUCUUAUCCUGUGCCCAUGGUGAUGCUUGGACAAAAUCCUGAGCCUGAAUAAGUUUGGAAAUGUCACAAGGAAUUUUAUUAUACUUUUUAUAGAUUUGCUUAUCUACAUCUGUGAAUACGGCAUGUACGUUCGUUUACAGGUGGUGUACAGAAAAAACAAAGAGAAGAAAAACACGAAGAUUCAGUCAAAGAAAUCUGACUCAUACAAAAUACUGGGCUUGAUAGCCUCGUGGUUUAAGUGCCGCAUGUCUGGAGUCUAUAGUGCUUGUUGCAGCAGACACUGGAUUGAGUCCUGGCCUUGAGCCUGUGCUGCAUGCCUUUACCUAAAUUUCCUGUCUCUCUUUAGCUAUUCCAUCUAAUAUUUGCAAAAAUGUCCUAAAAUAUAACUUAAAAAAAGGAUGCAAAACACAGGACAUAGUUUACAGGCUAAAUAUUACACAGUGCCUUGCAUGAGAGAUAUUCAAUAAAAGCCUCUAAACCUGGGGUAUUCAGGUAUAUUUAUUUGAUAUGCACAAAGGGUUAGAAAAGUAUGUGUUCUUUCUGUUUUUGGGUGCCAAAAAAGGUCUUUAGAGGUCUUAAACUCAUUAUUAAAAAGAAUGCAACUACCAAGGAUCUCAAGUCAGGAAAUCCAGGAGUUCUGUGGUUGUGGGAAAGAGGCUCAUGUUGAUUGUGAUUUUCCUUCACAGCUGGAGCAGCAGGGUGCUACGCUGGAGAUGUUUCAGCAGAAGAAUCUACUUCUGCAGGAGGAGAACAACCUCAUCAAAGAGAAAGUCCACAACUUGGAAAGGUUUGUACACUCACACUACUGUCUGUGGAACAUAUACAAACAUGUUUCAGAUUAAGGAGCAGUUACUUGCUUCCAGGCUGCAGCUGUUGAUGUCUGUAUGUGUGUAUAGGCAGCUGGAGGACCUGAGGCUAGAAAACAAAGACAUGUCUGAGUCUCUCUCCUUGAAGGCCACCACCAUCCGCAGCAUUCAGCAGCAGCUGGAGGAGAAGACGCUUGAGUGUGGCAUCCUGUCUCGACAGCUGCAACAAACUCUGGACGACACACAGAAACAGGUGAGAAUACACACACAACUGAAACUCUUUACCUGCAGUACAUCACAUAAAAUGAGUAUGAGUGGACUGGGUAUCGUUUUGUGAUUAUAACAGCAAUACAAUUGAAAAACUUUCCUCUUAAUUUGUCAGCUGCAGGGCAGUCAUGAUAUAACAGAUACUGCACUUGGCUCUCAGGUCACACACUUUUAUAUACCCAAAUUAUUAAACAAACUUUUAUCACUUUAUUGGCACACAUACCUAAAUUUAUCUGCUUAUUUUGGAACAAAUUCUGUAAGCUCUAGUUAUAUAAAAUCCUGUUGUUAAUGUGUAGAAAGUGAGGAUACUUUGAUUUCAUGCUGUGCAAUUCUGUGCAUCCAUUUCUCUAUCUGUGCCAAUCUACCUGACAGUUUUGGUAUUUGUUGGGUACAUGUCAUUUAAGUUUGUUUGUUUGUAAAAUUCUAAGCUGACCAAAAACUUUUUAAAUGUUUCUGCAGGUGGAUGAAAGCAUGCAGAGGGUUUUGGCCAAAGAGAGAGUGUCUCAGUCCAAAGCGUUGGAGCUGCAGAGUCAACUAAGCUGGGCAAAAUCAGAGCAGAGUGAGCUGCAGAGGAGCAAAGAGGAGGUACAGCAGCUCUUUCAUGGUUUACAUGUUGGAAAUAGGACUGUUUCUUCCCUUGCUAGAACUAAUAAAUCCAAACAUAUUAUUUUAAAAGUGUAUCUCUCUGUGUUUGUGUCCCCUCUUAGAUGGAGCGCCGCCUUAAGACUCAGUUGCAGAACAUGAAGGAAAGACUGGAGCAGUCUGACUCUACAAACCGCACUCUGCAGAACUAUGUUCAGUUUCUGAAAACCUCAUAUGGAAAUGUGUUCGGGGAUUCUUUGCUUACCAGCUGA